AUGGCGACAGUUGUUGGAGCUGUAGGAGCAUCUACAACAAUGGCAAGCUCGUCAUUGCCACCGAAAUAUUUCCCGUUCCCGGAGAGCAUGUCGCCAUUACCGUCCGCCCUCAAGAAAGGAAUGCUGGUGCCAGGAACGAUUGGUCUCUUGUCGGCUGCCUCGUCUAUUGGCAUGCUGCUUUUCAUCAUCUACAGAUUCCUAACAUGGCGCGCUCACUACAAAACGUUCGUCGGAUACAAUCAGUAUGUCGCAUUGAUCAUCAACCUGCUGUGUGCGGAUCUAUUACAAGGUGUCGCGUUCAUGUUCAGUUAUCAUUGGGUGUUCACGGAUGGCAUUGUCGCACCUUCAGUAAAGUGUACUAGCCAAGGGUUUCUACUCAAUGCAGGUGCAUGGUGCUGGGCAGCCNCCGAGUUUCAGACAGAACGUCUGGCUUUUCACUACAUCUGGAUCUUCGUGGUCCAGUUCGGAACAGUGAUCAUCUAUUUCUUGAUCUUCCUCCAUCUCAAGAACACAUUGACGACCAUUCUGCCGUCUUCACACUCGACCACACACGCCAAGGUUGAUAGAGCAGCACGCUUGAUGCUGAUGUUCCCGUUCGCCUACAUCAUCCUCACGUUACCUCUUUCCGCUGGGCGUAUGUGGAGUAUGGCACAUCACCAGUACACAGUCCACGAAGGCUACCAACUCGCCUCUGGAGCCCUGAUCGCCUGCUCUGGAAUGGUAGACUGCCUUCUCUAUACACUCACCCGCCGAAGCCUAGUCCAGUCCGCCAACAGCUCUGAGAACAAAAGCACAGCCAGCGGUCUCGACAGCUACGACCUCUCCCGCCUCAACGGCAUCACACAAACGCGCACCGUCACUGUCACCGGCGACAGAGUCUCCACCAUCUCCAGCACAACACGUGUCAGCGACGACGACGAUGCAUAUUCUAUGCGCACCAUCUCCACCAGUCCAAAGAAGAAGCACCAUCACCUCAGAGAGCCGCCACGCACGCAUUCACCCACAGGCUCCAUUGACAGAAUCAUGGGAGUUGAAGGUCUAGACCCCAGGAAACCACUUCACAAAGUACAGAUCUCUACAUAUGAAGGUAGAACCUCUGAAGACGUGGAUAGUCUGAGGGACAGCGAGAGAUCGGAUUCGCCUGUCAAUGUGAUGAGGGGGCUUGCUAAGAUGGUCAAGUUGCCUAAUUUGGGUGAUAGGAAGUAG